CUGGCUCGCGCGGCGACAGUCACACAACACAUUGCUCGUUUGUCAUAGGAAAGGAAACACCUUUUUCACAGAAAUGGCGAACAUCGAUUCGGACGCCAUCCGCGCAGCUUACGAAGACGUAAGAAACGAUUCCUCGGCGACCGUUUGGUAAGUCAAACCUCAGACACUCGCGCAAGAGGCGACCGUCGUUAAACCAGACAUGUCAAGAACGCGUUCUUUAGCAAAUUAACCGGCGUUUUGAUGCACGCUAGUGCCUGUUUAUGUAUACAUCUGUUUGAGGCUGGGUUUAUAAUUACUGGGUGUCGCUUUGCGUGGCGAAACUGUUAAGAAAGCUGUUCUCUUGGCCUAUUUUGGUGUUUAAGCUCACGCGAAGUUCACAGUGUAGUGUAUUUUAGGCUAAGAUGUAUCGCUAUUGCAAAAUGCAGUCAGAAACGGAAAUGUGUACAUUAGACAUGGGAGGGGUUAAACAUCUUUCUUAAUAUUUAUGUUUAUUUUAUACAACAGGGCUGUUUUCAAAUAUGAUGAUAAGAGAAUCGUCUACACGGGUGACUGUGGGGAGAAUUAUGAUGAUUUUCUAAGCAUGUGUGAAGGUAUUUUUCAUAUAGUCGUUUUUAUGCACGGACGUAUUAAGAGCACGGAUUUCCCCCCAUCAUGAAACCGAACUUACUUGGACAUCCCAAAAGUAAACAAUAUUUUCCCUUGCAUUCUGUAGAGGAUAAUCGAAUUUACGCGUACGUUCGCAUCGAAACUGGUGACGAGAUGAGCAAACGGGCAAAAUUCGCUCUGAUAACGUGGAUAGGACCCGGCGUCUCAGCUCUGAAAAAGGCCAAAGUCAGUACAGAUAAAGCGUUUCUCAAAGAAGCAUGUCCGGUAAGGGUAAAUAACACAAUAUGCGUAAAAUCCAUGCCCAUAUAUGUAGAUAUUCUUCGAGCUUAAAUAAAUAUUCCAUUUGGCCGCUUUAGCUAUUUGUAAAGCGUCCUACGUCGCUAUUAAAGGAAACCGCAAGUGAAUAUUUUAUAACAAUGACAAUGUAUAAACAAACAGCACAAAAUUUCGAAUUCAAAAUCGCUCGAAAAAUUAUGCUAAGCUGAAAUAUUGAGGCACAUAUUGGUCCUAUAUUUUACAGGUUUUAAGUCUGUUUGUUGAUGCAAAUUUUAAGUGCUUUGAUGAAUUUUGUAAAUAUAGAAUUCCAAGUGAUAUUUAGUAUUGUUUACCCAUAGAUUUAGAUAACAUAUAUAUGAUUAAUUAUACAAGUUUAAUACACUAAGUGAAAACCCCGAAUUGAAAUCGACAGCAUAGUUUGUGUGAUAUGGGUUUUCCCUAACUUCCGGUUAUUUAAUAUGAAUCAUAUUGGAAAUUUGCAGGGUGUGGAUAUUUUGUGGUAUUUCAUCAGGAAAAGAUGCCUAUCAAAUAGAAUAACUUAACCGUUAUUACCGCUUUACAAGUCUGUUUUCAAUGCAUUUAUAGUAAUCAAAGACCAUAUUUAGUCAUGUUAUUUGAUGUUAAUGUACGUUAAUUGGCUUUAUACUGUAUACAAUAAUAUUCACAAUACACACAAUAACCUGUGCAAUACAUAAACAUAAUUAAGCUUUCAACAGGCGUUUUUGUCGCAUUUGCUAUAUUGUAGCGUGAUUGUAGGCAGGUUGACAAACAUUGCCAGCGUGUUUUUUAUUUAAAAAUUGCUUCAGAUAAGCAUGGGAGUCUCUCAAUUACAGUAAUACACACUUUAAAAAGUAUAGUUUUAUAAUUGUUGUUGUCAAAUAUUGGUGUUAUUUAAUUCUGUAACUAAUAUUUAUAUAGAACUUUCGGGCAACAUUCACCGUCUGAUGUCUCAUUAUCCAAGUUAAUAACCAUUAAAGCACAAGAGUCUCCCCUUGAUUAGUAAAAUCAUCUGGUGUUAGAUAGAGUAAAACACAUUGGCAAAUGGUUUGGUAUUCAGAGCACCAGCACUCUUAAGGGUGCAUUUGGGCACAUUGCAACUUAAUGGUGAUUGCAUCUACUUUGUUAUUUUACUCUGACUAAUGCCAGACAAUUUUAGUCAAUGACGUUGCCACGUUGGUGCUCAAUGGGGUUAUAAAUUAUUAAAUUCACACCAUUUGCCCAGGUGUCUAGUUAAUUGUGACUUUGAUUGAAUUGCAUAAUAUUGGUUAGAAUACUAUAUAUACCCUAUUUUGUUGUUUUGUUCUUUCUAAUGCUGGGCAAUUUUACUCAAGAAGGAAUUACUGGAAUGUACCUUUAAACACACAUAUCAGGGGCGGCGGAACAGGGGGCCUAGGGGGACUAAAGCCCCCCCAGAAGUAAAAGUGGGGGGGCUUAGCCCCCCCAGAAAAUUUGAAUUUUUUGAAAAAAAUUUGAUAAUUAGGGAAAAAUUUAGGUUAUUUUUUGAAAAUUUAGGUAUAAGGGGACAAAUUUGCAAUAUUUUGUUUAAAAAAAGUGUAUUUCCGAAGAAAAAAUUUUGAUAUAAGUACGAAAAAAUUUUUUUCGUCCCUUUUUUUGUAUAUUGUACCCCUAAAGUGGUACACUGACCGAAAUUUUUUUGGCGACAGAGGGGGGGAAGGGGGGGAUUUCGCCGAAAAAAUUUAGCCCCCCCAGAACGAAAUCUGUUCCGCCGCCGCUGACACAUAUUGUGUAAUAUUUAUAUAUUUACAUACAAGUCUGUUUAUUUAAAACAAUGUCAUGCAGGUAUGAUAGUAUGUCCAAUAAUGGACAUUACCAUGCCUUACCUUGGCAUCACCGGACUCGCUUAGAGCUAUAGCCCUGCAUGCACCAUAAUUGCAGGACCACAGGUUCAAUUUAUGUCAGUUGGCCUAUUGUUGCAUAUUUCACAGCUGUUCCUGGUUAGAUCUAAAUAGAUGUAUAAAACUUUAACACACAAAAUUUCCAUCUACAAUGCACACCAUGCAAUCAGGCCAAAAUCUACAAUUUAAUUAAGUAAAUUUUCCUUUUGUUUUAGAUUAUAGAAAUUUUUGCAUCAUGUGUCCAUCGUGUAAUUUAACCCAUCAAGUUGCAUUAUUGCACCCUAAUUUAUUAUUUUACUCUGUCUAGCACCAGACGAUUUUACUUGUCAAGGGGAUACAGCGUUGGAGCUCAAUGGGUUAUUCACACUAUCCACUCAAAUUGUGUCUUAAGUUAACCAUUAAGUUCCAUGAGUCUCACUUUAUUAUUUUACUGUCUAAAGCCAGACAAAUUUGCUCGUCAAGGGGAGGUGCUGCCACUCACAAUGGGUUUUUACACCAUGUAUUUUUUCUGGUUUCCAGAAUUUUGCAUAUGAGAUGCUUUGUGAUGAGAAAGGUGAACUGGCUAAAGAGAAAAUCGAGGAAGCUGUGAAGAAAGCUGGAGGUGCGAACUAUGGAACUGGAAAAUAAUUUCUCUCUCAGUGAUCAAAUUUAACAAAUUAUUAAUUACAGUAAACUGACAAACCUCCAAUUUGAACCGGAUUUGUAUUUACUAAGUAACAUAGUAUUUUACCUGUAUUAAAUAUCUACAAUAAUUUGGCUAAAAAUUUUACUAUGUUUUAAAAAACUGUGUAAAAACAUACUCUGUUACCAGUAUUCAGUAAUAUAUUAUUAACAAAAUGUAAAACAAAAGCUUAAAAUGAGAAUGAGAAUAUACAUGUUCUCAUAUAUCAGCUUUUGUUUUAUAUUUCAUAAAGUUGUCUACUAUAGUUCUGGCACACGAGAAGGAAACUUAUUGGAAUAAAAUAUACAAUAAUUAUAUUCAAUAUUAUUC